AUGAAAUAACAAAUAGAUCUCAAGUUAUUGCAACAAUAAAGAGAAGAGCGAUUUCAAAAGAGUUUGUUUGGUGCCAAUUAAAUGACUUAAUCCGUUGAGGAUAAACCAGCCAGUUCCAAAGUCCCUCUAUUGUCUAAUGAGAAUUUUGUGCAAAUCUAUGUGAAAUGCACUAUCACUCCAGAAGUAUGAGUACUUAGUGAGUCUUAGUUUGUGGCCUAGAAGGAAUUGAGGGAUGACAACGUAGACAACGAGAUUGACAUAGUGUUUGAUGAUGUGAUAGGUAAGUUUUCCAAUAAGAAAAUAUAGAAAAUGAGGAAUUGGGAAUGAAAAAGGAGUACAAUGUAUUUGUGGAAAGACAACUGGUCCAAUAAAUUAAAUUGUUGAAAUAGAAUUACAUAGAGAAGCAAGAUUUGAUCAAAGUAAGUUAUCUACUUAGAUAAAGAUGCCCGUAUGUGGAUCCAAUGGCAUAAGAUUACCAGAAGAGUAAGACCUCUUGCUCUAUUUCGAAUUCUUUAAAAUUCGAGAAAAUUCAACUGAAUGCUAGUUGCUACUACAAUCGCAGGAUUUGAAAUCAUUGUACGGUCUCUUGAUAUGCGGUUGUCUAUUUAAUGAUGAAAUUGCGUAAGAUCUUGCCUUUAAAUUCUUAACCAAGAAACCCACUUUGGAAAUCAUAAUGAAGUUGCUAUUAGUCACAGUCCACUAUGAAUCCAAGUACCAGAUGUAUAUGUACAAGUAAGUGUCUCUUUAAUUCUUAGAUUAGUAAAAUAAAUACUCUACUUUUACAAUGGGAUCCUCAAGGAGAUCACCGAUCCAAUAUUGAAUGAAGUGACGCAGAACUUAAAGCAAUUGUCAAUAGAGAAACCCAAUAUCAUUAGAGUCAAUGCCAAGAAUUUCUCCUUAAAAAUAAACACCACAUUUUUAUAUCCAUUAUACAAGUAAUACGAGAAGGAGAGAGCUGCGGUGUUCAAACCCAUCAACGAAUACACCCAAUUUCAAGUAUUGCGAAAUGCUGACAUUCCAGAUCAAACUGAAGAUUCAGAAUAUCCACAUAUCUACAUAAUAAAAAAAUAGAGUGAUCAAUAGCAAUAUUUAUAUGGAAUACAAUUAGAAGCACAUGCAGAAAUAUAGAUCUAUGAUAACAAAUGUGAGAAAUACUAGAAAUAUAAUGACUCAUAUUUGGGAUGUGUGGAAAGGAACAUUUGGGGCACUUCAAUGGUUGUCUAUGAUGAUGGAUAUCCAGAGUCAGCUUAAUUACAAUUUCCUGAUUGGAUAGGUCAGAAGAGAAGGAGGUUGAUGAAAAUAGAGUACGAGACCAACAUCAUGGCAAAUGAGCCAAGGUAUUUUGAUACUGUGUUUCUGAAUCUAGAUACGAAAUAAUGGGAAGGUAGUUUGCUUUAAUUAUUAUUUAAUUAGAACUGAUUACAUUGAGACCCCAUUACAAUUAGGAGAAGGAUUGUUAUUAGUUGAAUUUCUUUGGGUAAUGUUAAAUGACUAUAUAAUUAGACGGGCCAAAAUUGCAUCAGCUCGUAAUUUCUAAUUGAUCAAAGCUGGAGAUGAUAAGACGAUCCAAUUGUUGCAUGGAAAGAUGGAGGCCAAUUCCUUCAAUUUGGAUUUCAGACCUCCUCUCAGCAUCUUGUAAGCAUUUGCUAUAUCGAUGGUUUCUAUAAGUUCUAAAGCACUCGUGUCAUGAUUAUUAAAAGAAAUAUAAUAAAUCCCGC